CGAAUAACAACUGUCAAUUGUCAAUUGAAUGACAGUUACUGAAGUAAAAUAUUUUUUGAAAAUAUUCUAAACUCAAAUAAGAUUAUAAUCAAGAAAAGAACUGAAACAUUGAAGUUUUGAAAUCUAACCCUUACUUUUACAAAUGAAAACAUUGAAUAAUGCCUGCUGAAACUAUUCAGUAUUCGGAAAAAUAUUGUGACGAAAUGUAUGAAUAUCGACACGUAAUUCUUCCCCCAGAUUUGGCGAAAUUAGUGCCUAGACCACAUUUAAUGACAGAAACAGAAUGGAGAAAUCUAGGAGUACAGCAAAGUCCUAAUUGGGUCCAUUACAUGUUACAUGCCCCAGAGCCCCAUGUUUUAUUAUUUAGAAGGCCGUUACGUUUGGUACAUUUACACUAGUUAUAAAGGAAUUAUAUUAACAUCUUGGCUGUGUAACGGGACAAACAGACCUCAUACUACACCAACGCUAGGCUGUGUUGACUGUGUCAUAACGCACAGUGGCAAGUGGGAUAUAUGGGAUUUAUAUGCCUCAUAACCCACCCAACGUAUGUUUAUAAAUAUCUCUAAACACAGCCAAGGUGUUAAAGUUUGGUUAUAAGGCAAGAAGUAGACUAAUUUUAUUAUCGUACCUCCUUUGUAGUCAGAGAACGAAAUAGUUGUCAGUGAUUCAUUUUGAAGUUUGUGGAUUAUUACAGAUUUUGAGGAGAAAGAGUAAUUUCAGUGGCGUGUAAAAUUAUACUAUAGUUUUACGUGUAUAAUUUUAUAAGUAUACUAUUAUUUUAGUAAGCAAUAAGUAACAUUUCAUGCAACAAUUCACUGCCAUCUAUUUCGUUAUUUGAGUAUAUAGUAAAUUGAACAAACAGCUUCUAUUAGUAAUUUGUGAGUGUUGUUAAAGAGUGAUAUAAGUUCAAUUUUAGAAAAAACUAUUAGUAUGUUCACAAAUGCUAUUGGAUGCAAAAAAUUUGGUUUGAUGUAAAUAAAUCUUUCAGAAAGAUGUCUAUAUAUCUGUACUUUUUUAAAACCAAAAUUUUCUGUGUGGUUUUUUUGGAAAUUUAUUCAAAAACUGAUAUCAAUACAAUGCAACAGAAUAUCAAUUCGUCGGCUUAGAGACACAAAAAUGUAACUACAUUUCACGUUUUGAACUUCAAAUCUAUGAAAUUUAACUUACCUUAGUGAGUUUCGUAGUGAGGAGUUUUCGUAAACUCCUCACUGGGGUUUUAGGUGUUCAGAAAGAGGUGUCACUCAAAAGAACUCACUAAGGUAAGUUCAGUGGCGUAGAUAUCUCAAAACGAGACAAAAUGUAGUUACAUGUCUAUGUCACUAAGCCGACGAAUUAUAUCCUGUUGCAUUUUUCUAUUAUGGUCAGUACUUUGUUUAUUUCAGAUUCUUUAAUGUUUUUGUAUGUAAUAAUCUGUAGAGAAAAUGGAAUACACUUGACAGAAUGGCGGUUAAACAUUCAUUCUUAAAUAAGCAUACUUUGUAGUGUAGUUUAGUGUAUAUACAGUGGAACCUCGAUUAUCCGUCUCUCCAUUAACCGUCAGGGUCUGUAAGUUGUAUUGAGUACAUAAGCAAAAAUUGAGUCAACAAUUCAUUUUGUUUUUGAGCAUUGCGAUAAGCCAAACGAAAUUCUCUGAAAUGUACAGUAUCUUCUUCUUCUCCUUCUUCUUAACUCAGGAGAGACUCGUUAGUCUCUGGCACUUGGUCAUAAGACCUUUGUACCAAACCCUAUUCUUCUCCUUAAACAUUAAUAAGUCCUGUGGCCUCAACGAAGGCCAACAGUUUUCUUAUUGGUAGUUUUAGGAUCUCUUCUGGUUCAAACCUCAUUUCACCAGUGAAGUCCUGCCUUACAUCACCUAGCACACUGCAAUGGCAUAGUAUGUGUAUGGCAGUUUCUUCUUCCAUUUCGCACUUUCUGCACCAUGGUUCAUUCACCUUACCUAGUUUGUAUAGGUGAUUUCUUAAACGGCAAUGUCCAGUUGCCAUUUCAGUGACCGUUUUGAUCUCUCGUUUAUUGAGGUUCAUCAAACUGUUCGAGAGUUUUUUAUCAAUAUUGUUGAUUAUUUUUUUAGUCUGGAUUUGCCCUUGAGUGGUUUUACAAAUGUACAGUAUGCUACCACAGCAUUUGUUUAUGUAAACAAUUUUUGUUUUUAUUCAUGUGGCAACAGAGGUGGACGAAACAGAUUCAGAAGCUGACACAUACUUGGAAUUUGACAGUGGCGAUGUCGAUGAUGUUAUUGCAACUGACAAAGAUUUGCAUAAAGAAGCUAGAGAAGCUGCAUUGUACAUGCAAGAAUUCAUCGAGUGGUACCUACUCUCGAUAAGAAGAAGCCAAUAAAGUAGAUUGCAUUAUCUUACACCGAUUAAGAAAUUCAGCCAUUGCAAAAUGUGAAGCAACAGUAAAGCAAACAAUUAUUUCAGAAUAUUUUAAACCAAAUUGAUUCGUUUGUACAAACACAGAUACCUCUUAUAUUGUCAAACAAAAGAGAGCUCAGAAGAGCAAUAAGAACAAUGCUCAAGAUAAAAGCUCGAAAGACCUGUAGGGGAAAAUUUAAGGAGUUAGGAUUAUUAACGGUGACAGGGCUUUAUAUAUAUGAGUGUUUACUGUUCCUGUUCAAGAAUAGGGAUAGGUUUACACAUUCUGAGCCAAAACACAGCAUACCCACUAGGUAUGUAGGGCUCAAUUUUCGUAUACAUAGGUUAGUCGCAACAGAGAGGGGACCUACAUAUUCAUGUAUAAAAUUUUUUAACAAAUUACCUGUUAGAAUUAAAUUGCAACAGAAUUUUAAUAUAUUUAGAGCUGAAAUAAAAAGCAUUUUAUUGGAUUUAGAACCAUAUUCUGUGUAUGAGUUUUUAAAUCACACAUUUUAACUCAUAGUAGUUGUAAUUGUAAUUUUGUAUGUAUAUUAGACACUUAUUAUUCAAUUGUGACAAUUUGCUGUAAGUGUGUUGUUUACAAUUUUUUUAAUAGAAGAUAUUUUGAAUUUGAAUUUGAAAACGUACAAAUAAAAUUUGAGGUUUGUACUAUGUAUUUUUAUUUUUUUAAUGUUCUGUUAACCGUCUUUUCGAUUAUCUGUCAUACCCUUGGUCCGGUGCCCUGACGGAUAAUCAAGGUUCCACUGUAUGUAUCUACAAUUCAAGAUAUAUUUUUCAUGAUUUUAACAUGGCUAUUAUUUAUAAUAGUAGUAUUAGUAUUAAUUAUUUCUUUUUGAUAGAUUUCUGUUAAAUAACAAUUGAAUCACUGUUUGAGACAUGUCCACAACAGGAUAGUUGUAAAAAAGUUCAAAAAACAUCUCGGGUUGCCGGGUUUCUCUUGAUUCAGAAAAAUUUCUCAACUCUCUCUAGGUUCAUUUAGAAUGUUAAACAGAGUCUGGUUUCUUUUGAAACAUGUGACUCUCUAUUUAAGGUUAGAAAAAAUGCAAAAAAUGAAAAUCGAUAUUCUUAGACAUGUUGGGUUUCUGAAACAACCUAUUCAAUUUACGUUUUCAUGUAAACUUUUACUUUAUAGAUAUGUUCAUACUACCUUUAUAGAGGUGUUUAGACAAAAAAAUACUUAUCGUAUAAACUGUUUUUACUAAAUUUUAGAAAAACUAUUAUAGUAAUAAAGUCACUUUACUAAAUUAAAAACAUCUGAAAGCAGUAUACUAACGUCAUUCAUACUUUUCAACUCAUACUACUUUUCGUUAACACUACAAAAUGUUGUUGAUUAUGUGCUAAAGUAACUAAAAAUUGCUAAAAGUGCUAAAUAACACUCGAAAUUGUCUUUCACUCUAUUUCAUUUUUUCAGGCAGCUGAUUAUAAAGUAUUAUUUGCAGAUUACAGAGUUAAAGUACUGAGAAAUAGCAUAUUGAAGAUGGAUGAUUGUAUUAAAUGAUCUUUAAAUUUGGUGGGGUUGUUAAACCUUGUUAGGGUUUUUAAAUAUUUUAUGUUUCACUAUAUUUUGACUCACUGUAAACUGCUUUAUUUACAGAAUUAGAAAAAAAUGUAAAAUAUAAAAGUUACAUAGUUUUUGAAAAUGAUGGUAGAAAAACAAAGAAGGUGCAAACAAAAUGUCUGCAAAUGUUAACUUUGUUAAUUUAAAUGGAACACCCUGUAUAUGGUUACACAUUUGAAUAGAACGUUCUGUAACGAACAUUUCUAUAUUGAUUUUGAUGGGCCUAUCUGGAAGAAUAAGCAAGAUGCUAGAUAUUUAAAUUAGCAUUUAGUACCAUUUAAAUUAACAAAGUUAACAACUGGGGCCAUUUUUUUGCACCUUCUUUGUUUUUCUACUAUCAUUUUUGAAAACUACAUAAAAAUCAUGUAACAUUUGUAUUUUACAAUUUUUUCUAAUUUUGUAAAUAAAGCAAUUUAAAAGUGGUCAAAAUAUAGUGAAUAACUCUGUACAGUUCGAUGUUAGACAUCACUAAUGGGGAAUACUUAAAUUUGUAGCUAUAAAAUGUCAACAAAAAAAUUAAAUGUUUCCCCUCACAUUGUAUGCCUAGUAUGGUCAGCUUAACUUUAACACAUUAAGUGCUAGAAAAAAUAUUGAAAAAAUGCUCCCCAGGCCAAAUAGUAGGUCCGUCACUAUGCAGUGGUCCCUAGGGACUUACAUGGCAUAUGUGGUAGGUACUUCCUAUAUUAGUUCCUAGGGACCGCCAUGGCGCUUAACGUAUUAAGCUAGUGUUUUACUUUUUGUUUCUUAAGAAAUUGUUUUUAAUUAUUUCCUUUAAUAUAAGCUUGAAUUUUUUUUUAAUUAAAUGAUUCUUAAUUUCUGAUUUUGUAUUUUUUCUUCAUCACAUGGUUAGUUAACUUUUGUUUGUUUGAUACAUCUUAAAGUGCUGUCUUCUUCUGAAGGCUGACACUCAUUACUAUUUAUAUUCUGUUUAGGUAUAGCUGCUCUAAAAAGAUGAUUAGAGGAGCAUUAAACCACCCCCUGAGAUGGAGCAGUCGGUAACAUUCAUUACAUUUCAACACUGUGCUUUCCUAAUCUUUCCCUGCAUAUUCUGCAGAAGCCAGUAUUUUGUUCCUCUCAUCACAUGGCCAAGAUAUUGUAGUUUUCAUAUCUUUAUUUCAUUAUGUAGUUCUGUUUCUUUUGAAAGGAUUUGCAAGACUUCAUCAUUCAUGAAAAAAAUGACCAAAGUAGUCUGUAAUGAGAGUUAUCCGUGAUUUAAUUGUAAUUUGUACCCAUCAACAAAUAUGGCAUAUUAUGUAUUCUCUCAGUAAUUCAACUGCUUGUAAAUUUCUCUCUGAUUACAUAUUCAAUGUAAAAUUUAAUAUAGUCUGUUCGCUAAACCCAGACGCAACUUUCUAGAUAUUUUAUUCGGUAAUUUUGCCAAUUUUAGUAAAAUUGGCAAAAAAUAAUUACUAAAUAGUUAAUAAUCACUAAAUAGUUAAUAAUUUUGCCAAUUUUUGCAAAAUUGGCAAAAAACAAAAAAAUUAUCGACUAAAAUAUCUAGCCAGUUGCGUCUGAGUUUAGCGAACCGACUAUAUAAUCAAAUAGACAAUUUAAAACCAUUGUAUCCACUACAUACUUAAGAAACUUCAAACUAUUUCUACUUAGUUAAAAUGUUCUAAUUUUAAUAUGAAAAAUAAACAAUUGAUAUCUUCAAAUAAUUUUUUACUUAUUAUAUUUCUUCUCUUAUUUAUGAUAAUCAUCAUGUAAAUAUAUGUUACAAAAUAUAAAUACAUUUUAUUACUUUUUCUA